AUGAAAGAGGUAGUUAGGAAAGAGGUGAUCAAACUUCUAGAAGCAGGUAUGAUUUACCCAAUUUCUGAUAGUGCAUGGGUGAGUCCAGUACAUGUUGUACCAAAGAAGGGAGGCAUGACGGUGAUCCGUAAUGACAAGAAUGAACUCAUACCAACAAGAACAGUAACCGGGUGGAGAAUGUGCAUCGAUUAUCGUAGACUCAACAAAGCUACAAGGAAAGAUCAUUUUCCCCUACCAUUCAUGGAUCAAAUGCUUGAGAGGUUAUCGGGGCAGAAUUACUAUUGCUUUUUAGAUGGGUAUUCCGGGUAUAAUCAGAUUGUGGUGAACCCAGAAGAUCAUGAGAAGACAGCUUUUACCUGUCCAUUUGGAAUUUUCGCGUAUCGACGGAUGCCAUUUGGAUUAUGUAAUGCUCCAGCUACCUUCCAAUGGUGUAUGCAAGCCAUAUUCUCCGACCUCAUUGAAAAACGUAUUGAAGUAUUCAUGGAUGAUUUCUCCGUAUUUGGAAAAACUUUUGAGAUAUGCUUGAAUAAUUUGGAUGUGGCACUUGGAAGAUGUAUUGAAACCAAUUUGAUAUUAAAUUGGGAGAAAUGCCAUUUCAUGGUGACUGAAGGGAUUGUACUCAGACACAAAGUAUCUUCUAGAGGACUUGAAGUGGACCCAGCCAAGGUGGAGGUAAUCUCAAAACUCCCACCUCCAAUAAAUGUCAAAGGAGUAAGAAGUUUUUUAGGUCACGCAGGAUUCUAUAGAAGAUUUGUAAAAGAUUUUUCAAAGAUUGCCAAGCCAUUGAGUAAUUUACUCAACCAAGGUACAUGUUUUAAUUUUGAUGAAUCUUGUGUUCAAGCUUUCAAUGACCUAAAAGACCGGAUGGCCAUCGCACUUGUAAUCGUAGCACCCGAUUGGACAAACCCCUUUGAACUAAUGUGUGAUGCUAGCGAUUAUGCCAUUGGUGCAGUAUUAGGCCAACGAAAAGGAAAGAUAUUUCAUGUCAUACACUAUGUAAGUAAGGUGUUAAAUGAUGCUCAAGUCAACUACGCCACCACAGAAAAAGAAUUGCUAGCCAUAGUAUAUGCCCUUGAAAAGUUUAGAUCCUAUCUCAUUGGGUCGAAAGUGAUAGGUAAGGAUGGCAUUUUAAGAAGAUGUGUUACGGAAGAAGAAGCACAACAAAUUUUGUGGCACUGUCAUAAUGCACCUAGCGGUGGGCACUUCAACGGAUGGAGGACGGCAACAAAAGUUCUCCAAUCCGGAUUUUUCUGGCCUACUAUUUUCAAAGACGCUCACCAUCAUGCAAAGAAUUGUGACAAAUGUCAAAGAGUUGGAGGGAUAAGUAAACGUGAUGAGAUGCCGCUUCAAACCAUUAUUGAAGUAGAAGUUUUUGAUUGUUGGGGCAUAGAUUUCAUGGGGCCCUUUCUUCCAUCCUUUGCUAAUGAAUAUAUUCUAGUUGCAGUGGAUUAUGUCUCCAAGUGGGUAGAAGCCAUCACUACACCAAGAGCGGAUGCCAAAACGGUGCUAAAAUUUUUAAAUCGAAACAUAUUCACACGUUUUGGCAUGCCUCGAGUGAUUAUAAGCGAUGGUGGAUCUCACUUCGUUAAUGAGCAGGUAGCUAAAGUGCUGGAUAAGUAUCAUAUCAACCAUAAGAUAGCAACACCAUAUCACCCCCAAACCAACAGGCAGGCAGAGAUCUCAAACAGAGCAAUCAAGAAUAUUUUGGAGAAGACUGUAUCAGAAUCCCGAAAAGACUGGUCGGUAAGAAUUGAUGAUGCCUUGUGGGCCUAUAGGACAGCAUACAAAGCACCAACUGGUGCAUCUCCAUUUCAAAUGGUUUACGGUAAAGCAUGCCACCUCCCGGUUGAGGUGGAACACAAGGCAUUGUGGGCCUUGAGAUUCUUCAACAGAGAUGAUAGCUUGGCUUAUAAGAAAAGAAAGAAUCAAAUCCAUGAGCUUGAAGAAUUCAGGUACCUAGCAUAUGAAUCCAAUAAGAUGUACAAAGAAAAUAUGAAGCAGUAUCACGACAAGAGAAUCAAGAAGAAAGAGUUCAAAGUGGGAGACCUUGUUCUACUAUUCAACUCGAGACUCAAGCUUUUCCCAGGGAAACUAAAGUCUAAAUGGUCAGGACCGUUCGUAGUCAAGGAAGUUAAAUCAUAUGGCGCUAUUACUAUUGAGGAUAGUAAGACUAAAGAAAGCUGGACAGUUAAUGGAGAACGGUUAAAGAACUACCUUGGGGGAGAAUUUGAUAGAGAAGCAUGCACAAUCUCACUUUUGAGCACAUAA